AUGAACAAACUUCCUCCAACGCAAAUGGACCUUGUGUUGGUGGGUGGAGGCCAUUCUCACGUGCACGUGUUGAAAAUGUUGGGCAUGCCCCACUACCGAACAUGGGCCAUGAGUCAUGGCGUGCAAACGACCUUGAUUGCGCGGGAUUUGCACACUCCCUACUCGGGAAUGUUGCCAGGAUUUGUGGCCGGUCACUAUACGUAUGACGAGAUUCAUUUGGAUCUGGUACAACUCUGUCGCUUUUCCAAUACAAGAUUGAUUCAUGCGGCGGCCAAAGAAAUUACGUACAACCAUGACAAUGCUACUGAUAGUAGCAGUGGAGGCAUGGUAUAUUGUGACGAUGGACGACCGCCCAUUCGAUUCGAUGCACUCAGUAUUGAUGUGGGCAUUACUCCUUCGACAGUCGGCAUGACAGCGGCCACGGUCGACUCUAUCAUUCCCGUCAAGCCCAUUGCCAAUUUCUGUCGGUACUACCAAGACCUCCAAAAUUCCUUGUUGGCCAAGUACAACCCACAAAAAAACUGCACCAUUGUUGCUCCUUCUUCUCAACAACAUAACAAUAAGCAUGUCAUUGCCGUGAUUGGUGGUGGUGCAGGAGGCGUCGAGUUGGCACUCAGUAUGGACCAUGCCUGUCGUCGGGGACUGGCCACGAAUAGUCAAAUCCACGUGGUCAUUGUCACCCGUGGCACCAGUCUCUUGGCACAACACAAUCGCACCGUGCAACGAAUAUUCCAACGAAUACUACGAGAGAGAAGGAUUGAUGUCUAUUAUCAGGCUGAAGUUGUGGGAGUCGAGCCGAUUGACAACAAGCAAAAGAAACUCGUGUUGUCGGAACACUCGCAACAAUUCUACAACACUCCCAUUCUAGUCCAUGACAUUUUGUGGUGCACUCAAGCAUCGGCAGCCAGGUGGUUGUCCGAAGCAACACCCUUUUCUACCACAUCACACGGGAACUUUAUCCAGGUACACAGCACGUACGAAUCCAUCAGUCACAAGGGUGUCUUUGCCUGUGGCGAUUGCGCCGAAAUGGUCGAACAUUUGCGACCCAAAGCCGGUGUCUUUGCCGUACGGGCGGGGCCACCCCUGUUGGAAAAUCUCAAACGAUACCUGUCCAAUGAAACGCUCCGGCGACAUGUUCCGCAACGAGACUUUCUCGGUAUUAUUUCCACUGGGGACAAGUACGGGGUGGCAUCCAAAGGAUGGUGGUUUGCUUUGGAAGGGCGAUUUCUCUGGACUGUCAAGGAUUACAUUGAUCGAACGUGGAUGGACAAGUACACAAAACUACCCAACCUACAAGAGAUGAUGUCCAAAAUGGCCCCAAUCCACAAUAACAACAACAACAAUCCACGCAAACGACGGAAACUGCAACAGAAUGUGGCUGCCAUUAAAGGACAAGAAGUGGCAGACAACGUUUUGUUUGCUGCCGAUCCCAUGCGCUGUGGUGGAUGCGGGGCCAAAGUGGGAACUACGACGGUUUCCAGAGUCUUGGCGGCAGUCCACAAACGACAAAUCCAAAGAGCGGCUUCCAACAAUCAUCAUCUACUACCGCCACCACCCAUUGAUCAUGACGAUGCCGCCAUCAUGCCUCUUCCACAAAAGGGAGGAGAUUGUCGCCGUGCAUGCCCUUAG